AUGAAGAGGCGUGUAUCGGAUGGCUAUGAGCCUUGCCUGAAUUUUCCAUUAUUUUCAUUCAUUUCCACAGCUGGCAUGUGCUUGCUGGACACCACCGACGGAGCUCUCAUGAUGGCUCUAUACACGUCUAAAGCAUUUUCACGCGAUGUUGUUGCCAUUUUGUAUUACUCCAUUGUUUUGACUGGCAUCACCGUUUUUGUCGCUGCUUUCAUCGGCAUCAUCCAAAUUCUUUCGCUCGUCCAGAACGUCGCGGAUCCCCAGGGGAGCUUCUGGGAUGGUGUAUCCGUGAUUGGCGACAAUUUCGAUAUUGUCGGCGGCAGCAUAGUUGGUGUAUUCGUUGUAGUUGGCCUCGGAUCCAUCAUUCUGUACAGGCCGAGGAGGCGCCGUAUCGAAUGCAAGCAGCGUGCUUCGCCUCGCGCAUAA